AUGGCAUUGGGCAGGCAGGGCGGGCAGACCAAGGGCGAGUUGGUGGCGUCUUGGAGGGCAGCAGCAGCCAGCGGGGGGAAGGGAAAGGGCAGCGCGGGGGAGGCGCGGGAGGCAGCGGUGCAAGCGAGGACAUGUGACGAGACUGUGAGGUUCGGUGACGAGAUCGUGAGGUUUGGUGACAAGGCUGUGAGGUUCGAUGACGAGGCUGUGAGGUUCGGUGACGAGAUCAUGAGGUUCGGUGACGAGGCUGUGAGGUUCGAUGACGAGGCUGUGAGGUUCGGUGACGAGAUCGUGAGGUUCGGUGCCGAGGCUGUGAGGUUCGAUGACGAGGCUGUGAGGUUCGGUGAUGAGGCUGUGAGGUUUGGUGACGAAGCUUUGAGGUUCGGUGACGAGGCUGUGGAGAUGGGCGGGGAUAGAGGAUGGGCGGGCUAG